UUUUUUUACAUGUAACUGUAUCUUUUUCUCUGUACUGUACUGAAUAUUAUAUAAGUAACUAAUAAAAAAUAAAAAAAUGUUUCAAAAUAUCUGAUUUGGGAAGCUCUGUGUAUGCAAAACUCUGUCCUAAACCUCUCUACAUUUUCUUGAUAUUUUUCCUUUCAGUUGGCAUUAUCCAAAGAUAAGAUGUCGAGAUACUCAGAACAAGUGGAUGCUUACAGAGCCGCCUGUGGACACCACCCAGAACUCAAAUCCUUUGAUUCUGCCCUUCAGCAGCGAACAAAAAAAAUGAUAGACUCGCUCACCGUUGAAGCCAAGACUGGGUCGGUGUCCCCACACACAGUACACAAGGAGGUCACUGACCACCUAGUUGAAGUAAGCAAAGUGGUGGCAGGCAUCAUUACUGAAUGCGGAGAAGCUGUGUGGGAGAACACAACUCUAGUAUCUUUGGUCCAAGACUAUUUCAACAGUACCAAGGAGACAUUGAAGAUUUUCGAGACUGUAACGCAAUGCGUCCAUAAUGCAAAAAGGGGCCAACGUUACAUUGAAGCGGCCGCGGCACAGUUUGCGAAAGACUCGGAAGAAAAGGAUGUUGGUGUAAAAAAGAAUAGGUAUGAAAAAACCUUGGAGGAGCUGAUGAAGUUUAAAGCCAUGGGAAAUCCUUUUGAUGGCAGCGAGCUCACGAAUCAGUUCGAGUUGAUGAACAAGCAGCAGGAAUCCCUUUUAAAGAAAGUGACUGAUACUAGAGAAAGGAUUAUGAAGGAAAUAUAAGAGGUUACUGAAAGAAUUAGUACUGUAAAGACAGUGACUAUAAUUUCGCACGUGGUGUUCGGCGCUGUGGGUGUCAUUUACUUUGCCGGAUGUAUAGGUCUAAUGUGUACAGGCGUGGGUGCUCCUCUGGGGGCUGUAGGGGCGAUGGUGGGAAUAAUCGUGCUUCCGCUAGGAUGGGUGGGCGUCAAUUAUUUCUUGAAUGAAAGGCUUGAAGCUCUUCAGAAACAGCUAAAAGCUCUGAACAUAGUGAAAUCUAUACCACCAAAGAUAGGUGAGGGUACAAUAACCGACCAAGUAGGGAUAAAUUCCGUAUCUGAACAAGUCGACGAGCUAAAAGAUCAGAUCAAGUCUAUGUUGGAAGCUGUGGAUGAUGCUAUUGAGAGUAAAGGAGAUGAGGUGGACAUGAAAGGAGACAUGCAAAGCCUCGUGGAGGAAGUGGAGAAAUUAACAACGAAAAUCAAGGAGAUUGGUGAUGAUGUGGAUGUAUAUAGCAAAUUGAUCAAAGAGACGAGACUUCACGUUUUGGAAAAGAUCAAUGGUUCUGGAAAAUAAACUUUAUGGAUGUUUGAUGUUCAAGAACCAUAUUUUGAUGGAACCGAAGCACCAAGGCGCAGAACAUCAAACAGAAGCAGAGUACCAAACCGGAAAUACAUGAGACAAUUUUGUCUCAUGGUUUUCUUGGUUUCCGUUUAAUUAUUUCAGUAUUUUUCUUUCAAGUGUUUCAGUUUUAAAAUAAGGGAUGACCGGUUCUUCCUCUUGUUGAGGAAACCAUCUUCUCCACUUUCCAUUAUUUCCUUGUUUGUAGGAGUCACGACUCCACUUUUUGCUUCUUGUAAUGUUUCUCAAUUGCCAAUCAAAAUUUCUUGUUCUUUUUCGACUUUUCAUACUUACUCUGUUUCCUCAAGCUUUGACAAAAAUCAAAGCUAUCAAAGAA